AUGAAAUAUGCUAACUAUCCACAUGUUGUACAAAUUUUUAAGCAGAUUCCAGAGUUUUAUCAUGAUGCCUUUUUAGGAUUAAUACAACAAGUUUCAAAUCAUGUUAUAAAAUAUGAAAAGUGUAUGGUAUUACAAGUAUAUAAUCCAAUCUCAGAUGGUCAUUGUGGGUUUAGGUCAUUAGCUGUAGCUUUAUUUAAAAAUGAGAAAGGGUGGCAAGAUAUUAAAGCUGCAAUGAAGGAUCAGUUAGUUAAGCAAGAAGAAUUGUAUUGUGAUAUACUUGGAUAUAAUAUGAUCAACUUAUAG